AGUCCGCUUGUGCAGAGUGCGGCGUGGGUGGGUCCUACGAGGCCUUGCCCUAGGAGAUCAUAGUGGCAGGGUGAUCACGGCGGGCCGGAGGCCGGGCGAGGCCAUAGGCUUUGCCCAAAGAGGGCGGGGUCGGGCGCCCUCGGUGUCUCAUCGCAAACGCCACGCACGCGCGGAGAUUCUGGCUGAGGCAGAGGCAGGUAUGGCAGGAAAGGCCAAGGGGCUGCCAUCGUGGGCACACUGGUAGCUACUGUGGAUAGGCACUGGGGAGAGACCUCAUCAAGGUGCAUGGCCCAGAGAGGCAGAAUGAAGACAACUCCCCAGCUGCAAGUGUCGGGGAAGGCAUCCCUCGGUGGGAUUGGCCUCCGCCACACUGCCAAGCGGGACCGAAAGUCCAUCACCUUGCAUGUGAAAUUAGAGGUGCUUCGGAGGUUUGAGGAAGGCGAGAAGCUGACUCAGAUUGCCCGGGCCCUAGGGCUGGCCACUUCUACUGUUGCCUCGAUCCGUGUCAACAAGGACAAGAUACGGGCCAAUUCUCAGGCAGCCACACCGGUAAGUGCCACACAGCUGACCCGCUGCCGGGGUGUGGUGAUGGGCCAUAUGGAACGCUUGCUGAGCCUCUGGAUCGAGGAGCAAAAGCGGCAGAACCUGCCUGUCAGCACGCUGCUCAUCCAGGACAAGGCCCGACGGCUCUUUAUGCAGCUGCAGCACGAGCAGGGUAAUGGCACUCGGGCUGAGACCUUUGGGGCCAGUAAUGGCUGGUUUGCCCGAUUCAAGGCUCGCCACAAUGUGCUUUUGACAGAUGAGCCAUCUGUGGCUGACACCCAGGCUGCUGCCCACUACCCCCCAGUGCUGCGCACCAUUCUAGAGGAGGGCUGCUACUCACCACGCCAGGUGUUCAAUGUGGAUGAGACUGGCCUAUUCUGGAAGCGGCUCCCAGAGCGCAUGCUGUUGGCCCUGGAAGGGGCAGCUGGGCCUGGCCUCAAGGCCUCUAAGGACCACCUGACCCUGCUGCUUGGUGGCAAUGCAGCUGGUGAUUUCAAGCUGAAGCCGCUGCUGGUGUACCCCUCGGAGAACCCGCGUGCCCUCAAGGGCUGCUCCAAGGCUAGCCUUCCGGUGGUCUGGCGCUCUAACCGCAAUGACUGGCUGACACCCAGCAUCUUCCAGGAGUGGUUUACUAGUUGCUUCUGCCCUGCUGUGGAGAGCUACUGUGCCAGCCACGGCCUCCCACACCGUGCCCUGUUGGUCUUGGACGGUGCACCCUGCCACUCUGCUCACCUGGGUGGCCUCUCACCCCAUGUGCGAGUUGAGUUCCUGCCCAAGAACACAUCAGCCCUGAUUCAGCCCAUGAACCAGGGUAUCAUUGCCACAUUCAAGGUGUAUUACCUGCGCUGUAUGCUUAGCCAGCUGGUCCAGGAGACGUUUGGUGAAGACCGACCGUCCGUGCGGGAGUUCUGGUGCAGCUAUACUGUUGUGACUGCUGUGGACAAUAUAGCUAGAGCCUGGGCAGAGUUGCAGCCUGCCACCAUGAACAGUGCCUGGAGGAAGCUCUGGCCCGAGUGUGUGCCUCCUGGCGCUCCCGAGCCGGACACUGUGCCUCAGCUCCGCCGCAGCAUUGUCGCACUAGCCAGCCACGUGGGCCUUGGAGAUGCAGCCGAGGCCGAUGUUGCUAACCUCUUGCAGGCCCAUGGGGAGCCCCCACCCCAUGGCCUCCCCCAGGAUUCAGAAGAUGGUGGGGACAUUUGUGGCUCUGGGUUGCCGUGGCAGGAAGGGAAAGGCUCAGUGUCCGGAAAACGAGAGCCGGAUUUCACAGAAGCUGUAGUGGGUGUGGGGACUGAAGAUGCUGAUGUGGGUGCUCUGAGCCCUGAGUACCUGGGCCAGGCCCUGUCACACUUUGCUGCUGGUUUACGGGUCCUCCUGGAGAAUGAUCCAAACCGGGAACGCAGCCUCCGGGUGUCUCGGGAGGUCCACUGUGCCCUUGCCCACCUCCGGGAGCUGCACCGGGAAAAGAGGCGACAGGCCCAGGCAGGUGCAUCCUCAGGAGGGCCCAUGGCAGUGGCACCAAGGGAUUUGGCAGGAAACCUGCCCUUGCCCCAAGUGGGGCCCACAGAGGGUGAGGAGGUGGCUAAGGGCACAGGUCAUGAAGGUCAGACCUCUGGUUGUCCUGUAUGAUUUGGGGCUUGGGCUUAACCUCACAUGAUCUCUAACGAUGUUUUGUUUCUGGAGGUCAGAUACUGCUACUUCUUCCCCAGGUUUCUCAUAGCUCAUGUUGUAUUCUUUGUGUAGUGACACCAGGCUUGGGGAACAGAAGGGUGGUGUUCUCCGAUUGGCAGUUGAACUGCAGGGCCCAGGGAGUGCCCACUCAUGACAGUGACACAUCCUGUAGUAUGGUCUUUGCCCAGCACAGCCUGCCAGGGCAGCUUUGUCAGGGGCCAGAACUGAGACCUGCCUCUCCCAUUUUCCAAACCUGACUUCUUACUCCCUACACCAUUGUGACCCUUCCUUGCCAACUG